CGUCCAUCCUUAAAAUAGGCCACUGCAGACUCACUCAUGAAAAGUCGUUCAGCUUUAUUAAAAACGUCUUUUUUUCACAAGUAGUUAUAUGCAGUCUUUGUGCCAUACUGAGAUGUAGGGUUAGCCCCUGAGUUGGUUUUCUGUCUCAUCUAAAAGAGGAUUUAGAGCCACACCGGGACUUGUAACUUUUAAUGAUGACUUACGCCAUGCUGCGGCCUGUGGCGACACACUUGAUCUAUUCAGACUUCACUGUCACGUCCGAGGAUGACGAAAACCGCAGCGAAAGCGACGGCAGCUCGGAGCAAAGUUACUGUGGCUCCAGCGAAAAACGAAGAAGGAUUUCUCGCAAACUGGUAGGAGACUCCGCGGUGGUCGUGAAACAGAGGAGUGCAGCUAACGCCAGGGAGAGAGGCAGGACCCAGAGUGUCAACACGGCGUUCACAGCUCUCCGGACUCUCAUACCCACCGAGCCGGUGGACAGAAAGCUCUCCAAAAUUGAAACUCUUCGACUGGCAUCCAGCUACAUUUCCCACCUGGCCAAUGUGCUUCUUCUCGGGGACGGCGGCGGUGAUGGACAGCCCUGCCUAGGCCCGGUUCAUGCGCAAGGAGAGAGCGGGGCGCAGCAGCCGCGGACCAUCUGCACCUUCUGUUUGAGCAACCAGAGAAAAGGGAUAAAGGAUGGCAAAGACUGUCUUAAAAUGCGAGGGCUGGGCCCUCUACGAAUGAGACGCUGACUGAAGUCCAGUGAGUGAUUAGCAACCUGAAAUCCUCAAAGACUUUCUCAGGGAAGAGUCAAAGCUGGUGUUACAUAGCACACACACACACAUACACAUGCUGGAUCAAAUGAUGAAUCAGAAGAUGGAACCAAAGAAGAGACUAUUUAUACUUGACUGAGAAAUGUAAGCAUAAGCCUUUCAAAGAUGCAGUGCAUUUGUUUGAAACUUAUGAGUUUUUGGUCCCUUUUCCCCCCAAAAGUUUUAA